AUGGCAUCUUCUGAAACACCAUCAUCACAACCACCAUCACAAGAAGCUUCUUCAACUCCUAAUUUAGUUCAACAUAAUGUUAGACAAAAGACUGAUAUAGCUUGGGCACAUUGUACUAAAAGUCCUGAUGGAAAAAAUCUUGUUUGUAUCUACUGUCACAAAGCGUUUGGUGGAGGUGGAAUUCACAGGGUAAAGCAACACUUGGCUGGAGUAGUAGGAAAUGUUGAAAUUUGUAAGUCAGUUCCUACAGAAAUUCGUUUUCGGAUAAAUCAACAUCUUAAUGAGCGGAGCAAGAAAAGAAAAACUCCAGAUGUGGCUGAAAGUGAGUCAUUUUCUGCAGAGGGGGGUGAAUUGCAAAUGCAAAUGCACCCACGAAUUGGUGCAUCUAAAAAGAAUGAUGCUCGCAUUGGUACUUAUUUUUUACCCAGAACAACUCCGGGAGCUCAACCUACUUUAAAAAGUGUGAUGCAAAGUAAAGAAGUGGUAGAAAAGUGUGACCUUGCUAUUGCGAAGUGGUUUAUUGAUGCGUCUAUUCCUUUCAAUGCUGCAAAUUCGCCUUAUUUUCAACCAGCAGUUGAUGCUCUUUGUUGCAUGGGUGCUGGAUACAAAGUUCCUACUAUGCAUGCUCUUCGUGGUAAUUUGUUAAAUAAGUGGGUUGAUGACGUGAAGAUACAGCUAGAGCAAUAUCGUUCUAUUUGGAAGGAUACAGGUUGUACUCUUAUGGCAGAUGGGUGGACUGAUCGUUAUAGAAGAACUCUUAUCAACUUUUUAGUUUAUUGCCCCAAAGGAACUGUUUUCAUAAAGUCUGUUGAUGCCUCUGGUGCUUCUAAAACUGCAGACACAUUGUUUAAGCUUUUCAAGGAAGUAGUGUUGUAUGUUGGCCCAGAAAACGUUGUUCAAAUCGUUACAGAUAAUGCUGCAAAUUAUGUUGCUGCUGGAAAGUUGUUGGAAAAGGAGUUUCCUAAGUUGUAUUGGUCUCCUUGUGCAGCACACUGUAUUAAUUUGAUGUUGCAAGACAUGGGGAAAUUAGAGGAAGUAAGUGGGGCAGUGUCACAUGCUUCAAAAAUUACCAAAUACAUAUAUAAUCAUUGUUUUGCAUUGUAUUUGAUGAGACAAAAUACAGGUGGAAGAGAAAUACUUCGUCCUACUCCAACCCGCUUUGCUACUAAUUUUAUUGCAUUGCAAAGUAUUUUGUCUCAUAAAGAUGCACUAAGAUCCAUGGUAACUUCCAAAGAGUGGACAACUACAACUUAUUCCAAAGAUGUAAAGGCAAAGCAAUUUGUGGAACAAGUAUUAGACUCAAGCUUUUGGUCUACAUGUGUUGACAUAGUGAAAAUUACAGAACCUCUUGUACGUGUGUUGCGUAUUGUUGAUAGUGAAGAUAAACCGGCUAUGGGAUAUCUCUAUCGAGCUAUGUAUAAAGCAAGGGAGGAGAUUGAGAAGAGGUUUAGAAGAAAUAAGCUGAAAGUAGAGCCUUAUUUGAGGAUCUUAGAUAACCGUUGGGAUGCACAACUUCGCAAAAAUCUUCAUGCUGCUGGUUAUUGGUUAAAUCCAUCUUGUAGAUUCAGUCAAGAAUAUGAAAAACACAAGUCUACUACCCAAGGCCUUUUGGAUGUCAUUGAAAAGUAUGCUUAUGAUAGUAAGGAAUUGCGAACUAAAUUAACUGUUGAGAUGAGUUUAUUCAAAAAUUGUGAAGGUAGUUUUGGAAGGACAACGGCUGUAGAAAAUCGAGAUGAAGUUUUGCCAGAUCAAUGGUGGGAAACUUAUGGAACCGAAGCGCCCAGUUUGCAAAAGUUGGCUAUUCAAAUUUUAAGCCAAACUUGCAGUGCAUCUGGUUGUGAACGAAAUUGGAGCGUAUUUGAGCACAUUCAUUCAAAAAAAAGAAAUAGGUUGGAGCAUCAAAAGCUUAAUGAUCUUGUCUUUGUUCGUUACAACCUACGACUACAAAACAGAAACAAGAAGAAACAAAAUUAUGAUCCUAUCAAUUUUGAAAUACUUGGUGAUCAUUCUGAUUGGGUGUUGGAGGAUUCACCACCAUUCUUAACCAUUGAGGAGGUGGAAGCACUGCGCAAAGAUCUUGCUAGUAUGACAAUUCAACCUAUGUCAGAUGAUAUCGAUCAAUUAAAUUUGGAUGAGGUUGAUGUCGAGGAUGAUGAACAACUUAAUUCUGGAGAAAACAAUCAAAAUAAUAAUAUCAUUGAUGGGGAAAAUGUUGCAAAUGCGAUUGAUUUUACUGCAGAUGGUUUUGAUAUUGAAGAAGGAGAUCCCAAUAUUGAAAUAAUUUUACCUCCUUGGAACUAA